AUGGUUUUAUUCGUGUUUAGAAAUAUCAAACCUUAGUGUCAUGACAGAUCGAGAGGAUGAUACUGAAAUAACAUUUUCACCAGAAACUAAGAUGAUCAGAUCAGGUUUAUAUUCAGUCAUCCCGUCAGUUUCAUAGCUGAUCCAUUCAUUGUGUAGAUCACGACUUGAAAAAACAUAAUCCCCGGUAAAAGUUUGAUGGACGGAGAAAGCCUCGCGCCCUCAGAUCAUCAAAGGCUUCGGGAGCGAUUGAACCAGUCAGGACAGUUCGGAAACACGCCAAGGUGGAUUACUAAGGCCUGAGUCGAUUUUGGUCGGCCUUGGCUGUCAUAUCACUGCAUCAGGAAGUUGGAAACAUUCAAACAGGUCGUUUCACGAGCUUCCUUAACAGUUCAUUUCCAGGAUGGUGAUCACUACCAUUCGUGUUUUUUCUGCUGCACCUCUGACGCUGUUCAAGAAUUACAGCACCAUGUGGACUCGACGAGAGAUGCGUAAACAAGUGGCAGAUACUCUACGUUCCUUGAUUGCCAAGAAUAAACAGGAAAUAGAAGCUGCCCAUCCCUACUUGGAUAUUGUCUACAAUGAUAAAAUUACAGAGUUUAUAUUUUCUGUGGCUAAGACUCUCAGCCUCUCCAAUGAAACCAAAUACCAAGCACUGGAGAUAUACCAGAGAUUCAUCUUAAGUUACCUGGACAGCUGUGUGACAUGCUCAAAGGAAGACUUGUCCAAUGACAAGGCACUUAAAAUAAAGGCUAGGAAGAUACAGGAAGAGACAACACCUAAGGCUUUAGCAUGUGUGCUGAUUGCAUCCAAACUAUCAAGCAAUAAGAGCCUUUUUGCAUCCACCCUGGCCUCAUCUCUCUCAUGGCUGAAGCUUCACCCUAGAGACAUCUGCAUUUAUGAAAUUCAGAUAUUGAAGCAUCUUGAAUUCAGGUGCUGUAAGGUAUCCCCUGUUCUGGAGUACAUUGGUGCAGCAGUGUCUGUUGCUGGACUGUGGUAUGGAGGCAGUGACCCUUUCACCAGUAAGGUUAAAGGGUUGGACAUAAAGCGUCUCUCUGCUGAGUGUGUCCAAGAGACAGCAGUUGAGUUAUUAGACUUUGUGUAUCUAAACCGGGAGCAAGUUUAUGAGAAGUUGUGUCAUUUCCUCACGGGCCGACCACCAAGACGCACAACCCAAUUUCGGGCCAAGUUUGCACGGGUACUUGCUGACCGGAUGUUGCUGGCAGGAUCAGUGGUGGUAGCAGCAGCUGGAGUGCUGGGGGGUACAACAGCUGUUGCACCAGUGGUGGCUUCCUUGUGUUUUCUCAUCCCAGUCACUCCCAAAGAUCUCCUCAUUUUUGCCACCUGUAUAUUGGAAAGUGUUCACUGUCCUAUACCUCCUGUAUGUGACCUACUGCAUGACAAGUUAGAUUAAGUAACCAGGCACUUCCCAUUGCCAUGACAUCAAUUCAGAGAAAGGUUACUUCACCACACUUGAGACUUAUACUGUUUGAGGCCAGGGUUACAGAGUUAGGCCAGGGUUACAGAGUUCUUUAAUUUUUUAAUGUGUUAUUGUUGGUUUUGUUAGUUUUGAAUUAUGUUGAUUACAUCAUAAGUUUAUUCUCAUUUUAUCGUAGGGAAAGGACAACAGUGGUAUACAGGCUGGUUGUUAUUUGAAAGACUGUCAUGCUUUCCUUUUUUAAGUAUUUCAUGGAAUGUUACUAAUUGUAAGAGUAUGAGUACCAUUUCCUUGGCUGGCACUGUCAUAUUUACCCCUUCACUGAAAAAGGCAUAGGAAUGGUAAUCCCUUGGGGGCUUUUGCUCUUUUUAUAAAUAUACAAGUAAGUAUACAAGA